AGCAACGUAGACAACGGCCUGCACCAGAGCUCAAACAUAGUAUUGAGCCGCACUACGCAUCUGAGUGUCUGCGACUCGAACACGGUUUGUCGUACGUGAUUGGCCGUGAACUCCCAGCUGCCAGCAAAUUAUCUUCUCACUGCAAUUGUGCGAAGGAAUACUUAUAAUGGUUCUCCCGGCACUGGCUAAAACUCCGUUCCGUACUGCUCGACGGCUGAUGACGGGGUGCGACUGGCGCUCGCAGUGACGAGGCGCCCGAAGGACCAAAGCACUCGGCUGAAUUUUGCUCCCUUAGUCAAGUUAUCGCAUACCUAACCAUUCCCUAGUGACGAACAGUAUUCCUGCACGAAAUGAAUUCAACCGGGUGUUGAGCUCGCGUUGUUCGAGAGUUGACGAGCCCGAAGGGCCCAGGGACUCUCCACCAUGCUGGGCUGGUAUGACCGUGCCAUAGAAAGUUUCCUGAAGCAGCUUGGUGCCGACGCCUGGCGAGGGACGCUUCAUUCCGCAGUUGGCCAAGACCCGGUGCUAUGGUGCACGCCAAGCUGCCCAGCAGGGGACACCGCAACACUUGCCCUUUUCUGCAGUGCUGCCCAGUCGAACACGCUGGAAGCCACACCACACCAGCUUCUGGAGGAGUUUGGCGAAUAUUUUGUGUCUUAUUUGACAGAACAGGGCUACAGCAACCUACUCCGGACGCUGGGAACGAGCUUGUUAGAAUUCCUGCAGAAUCUGGACGACGUGCACCUGCACCUGGGCCUCAUGUUUCCCGCCAUGGCGGUGCCAGCCUUCGAGUGUACGGACGUGGGGCCCACCUGCCUGAAGCUGCACUACCACAGCCACCGGCCGGCGCUGGGCCCCAUUGUGGUGGGUGUGCUCAAGGGCCUCGCGGAGCAGUACUGGGGCCUGGGCGGCGAGCAGCUGCAGGUGGAGCUGCUGCGGGGGCGAGACGACUGCGGCAGCGAGGAUGACGACCAUGACGUGUUUCGUGUCAGCUAUCCGUUCCAAGCAGCUCUGGAGCAGUGGAAGCCGCCAUCGUCUGUAGCUAACCACCAAAGCGCCGCCGCCAUCGCCUUGGGCCCCUCUGCUUCCCCAGCAGCGGCGGCUGUGCGCAGCUUCACGCUGAGCCCGAACGACUUCUACCAGCUCUUCCCCUUCCACCUUCUACUAGACCGCAGCUGCCGUGUAGUGCAGGCGGGGGCGGUGCUGGAGCGGCUGUUUCCGGAGCUGCGCGGGCGGAGCGGCGUGCCGCUGGGGGACGUGUUCCAGAUGCGGGCCCCGUCUAUGACCAUCAGCUUUGACAGCCUGCAUGCAGCACAUGCAGACACGGUCCUUCUGCGCGCGCGCGCCACGGGCCUGGACCUUAAGGGGCAAGUGCUGCCGGUGCGGGUUCUCGCAUCGCCAGAGCCGGUGACUGCAACCCAAUGCGCUGAACACGUCAGAACGGAGCAUGGAGGCCACCAACGACAGCUGGCAGAGCAUGUGGGACAGCGGGACGGACGGCCAGAGCAGGACGGGGAGCAGGGCUUCUUGUUUCUGGGGAGCCCCUGGCUCGCAGGCCUUGCCGGCAUGCGGCAGCACGGGAUCUGCAUUUCAGACAUCGCACGUCACGAUUCCACACGCGAUUUUGUGCUGCUAGCGGAGCAGCGCCACGCGGAGACACAGCUGAAAGAGCGGCUGGAGACUCUCACGUUGGAGCUCAAGGACGCCAAUUCGCGCCUGGGAGAAAUGGCGGGGUGGUUGGACGAGGAGCGGCGGCGCAGUGACGGACUGCUGUACCAGAUGCUGCCGCCCGAGGUGGCCAGCUGCCUCAAGAAUGAGGAGCGGGCGCCGGCACAAGAGCACCCAGAGGCCACGGUGCUGUUUAGCGACAUAGUAGGCUUCACGGAGAUUGCUUCGCGCAGCUCGCCGCUGGAGGUGUGCUCGCUGCUGGACGAGCUGUAUCAGCGCUUCGACGCGGCCAUUGAGGAGUACCCGCAGCUGUACAAGGUGGAGACCAUCGGGGACGCAUAUAUGGUGGUGUGCAACGUGACGGUACCGUGCGACGACCAUGCGGACGUGUUGCUGGAGUUUGCGCUGCGCAUGCACGAGGAGGCCAGUCGGGUUGCCAGCAGCCUGGGGGAGCCCGUGCGCAUCCGCGUGGGCAUGCACUCGGGCCCGGUGGUGGCGGGCGUGGUCGGCCGCAAGAUGCCUCGCUUCUGCCUGUUUGGUGACACCGUCAACACGGCCAGCCGCAUGGAGUCCCACGGCGAGGCCGGCCAGAUCCACAUCAGUGAGGCCUGCUACUGCUGCCUCCGGUCCAAGGAGCGCUUUGAGAUCCGGGAGCGAGGCAACAUCACCGUCAAGGGCAAGGGAACCAUGCGGACCUACCUUCUGAGCCCUUUAGAGCGGAUUCCCUGCGACAGCCUCUUCGCCCCGCUUCCACAGCUCCACGUGACCUGCAACCUCACCAGCCCCGACCAGCCCAUGGGCCCCGAGUCCAUGCCGGCAUCGUGCCUGGAGUGCCUGUUGCAAGAGUGCCGCUCCUCCGUCUCGCCCAGCGGCGGCUACCCGGCGCCCUCGCCGCGUCGCGCGAUCCAGCCCGCAAUGGUCCCCGACGAGUGCACGUCUCCCUGGGGCCGCGUACCCAACUGCUGGGAGGCGGCGCCCCUAUCCAGUGUUGUGGCGGAUGCCGGUUUCACGGCGGCGCGCGGCAGCUGCCCUGGCACGACGGCUGAAGAGCCAUGGCGGGCGACUGCGGGCCCCAGCAGCCACACACUGCUGGUGCCGCCGGGCCUACCGCGUGCUGGGAGGAGCUCAGUUGAUGCUGUGCGUGAGGAGCGUGGCAUGCACAGCAGCAGGCCUGCGCACGUGCCAGUGACACCACAGGCGGGCAUGCCAGCGGGCGCAAGGCUGGGGCCGAGCAGCGCCAGCGGGGGCCAUGCAGAGUCCACAGCGUCUAGUACCAGCUGCGGCCUGGUUGGUAUUGCGUCGCCACCAGGCACAGCCACUGCUGCCACUGUUGCCGCCGCGGCCGCCGCAAGGGUCACAACCUACCUGGACGUUUCUGCAGAGAUGCUGUCGCACAUCAGCAACGCUCGGUCUGCCCGAUCUGCUGGUGGUACUCUUGCCGCCGGGUUCAGCUGGAGCGGCCCUGGCGGGCAGGUGAGCCUGUCAUCCCCUCUGUCUCCACGAACGCGCACACCGCGCCACAUGAUGAGCAUGCAGGCGCCGCAGCUGCCGGACCUGCGGACUGCCAGCAUCUCAGGAACACUGGCUGCCAAGCUGUCGCCCUUGCUAGUUGCUGCUCAUUCGGGCACGCCUCAACAGGAGGCAUAUGAGGAGCCGGAGGUUCCCAACAGUACUGGAGGGCGGGACAUGUAUGUUGUGCCUGGCACAGCUGACAACCCGUGUUUGGAGUAAAGGUUUUGGGGUAAUCAGGGUAUGCAAAGGGGUUCUCUUGGGGCAGGAGAGAAGCUGGUUGUGAUCUACCAUAUGAAUGCAUGCCAGCACACCACGCGUACAUAGGUUGAGAGCGACCUUCGUACACGAGCACAAUGCAUGAAAUUGAAAGAUGUGUAACCCACACAUUGGUUGCCGUCGGGAAUGCAUAGAAGAGAGUGGCUGACACACACACACAACCACGUGCAUGAGACUAUGUUUCGGUCAAUGUUAACGAGGCUUUAUUCAGUCUGGUUUGUUGGCGGGACCACAUAACACCAUACUCUAUGACACAUGGCGAUUGCAGCACGUGAUCUAAUGUGACGGCAUAGCUAAUGGAAUAUCAAGAAACUGCUGAAGCAACUCCCUGAGAAGACUUGAUGAGCAGUCGUACGCGGUGAUUUCCCUUGAUGUGUACUGCUGCUGCUCCUUUCACUUAUGUGUGAUUGCUUCACAUUGAAUGAAGACGUUAAUGCCUGCAGGUGGCACGAAGGCUGCUUGCUUGAGAUUGGUGUGACAGUGCGAAUGGUAGUUGAGCACUGCGUGCGCGCAUCGCAAGCAUUCGCGAUUGCCCGCCGCAAGUACUUUCCAAUUACCACACGCAAUGCCACCAACUACAUGCAACGUUGCGUUGUCCAUGAGAAGCUGCUGUGGGAAGCGUUGCCUUUUGCGAUUCAGUGCGCAGUUCCCCAGAUAGCGUUGAACCGGCUCAUUGAUUGUUCAUGAAGGUGUUCGUGUACUGUUAUUGUCGUUCGUGAGGCGCCGCCAUGACAGGGUACGUCGGUUCGGCUGCGUUACUUUCGGACUUGCGGUGGCGCAGGAUAACCCGGCAGUACGUGCUUGGUGUCCCUACUCUGAUUGGAUAUUUGUGCCGGUGUUCCCGUUUGUGGGAAGGCGUGGGGUACCGGUACUUGAACGUGUGCACCGUUGACCUGGGACUUCGAUUCACACAGGUGUCAGGUCCUGUGACUGAAGAGUGCAGGCGCACUCCGACACAGUACGUGAUUCGGUAAUUAGUUAUGUGUGGCCUUUGGAACGGACCCUGCUAGGGCCGGGAGAUGCUGUUGGUUCGGUAAGCCUUCGGCUUUUAGACGGGGUGAGGUAAUGGGUCAGUUACAUGGUACAAUGCACGCGGUACAAAGCCCGUCACCCCGCUUUAGCUGUAACAAUGCAUACAC